CCUCAAUUUAUAACCUGUAUUUUCAGAAAUCUCUUGAGAGAAAGCCAAAUAUCGAAUCUAAAUAGGUUUGAGAAAUAACAACAGUCUGUUUCAUGAGAUAACGUGCAAAUGCAACCAAAAAUAAAUAGAAUUAUGGAAAUACAGAUCUUAAUUUCUGGAAACUGAAAUUAAACCAAAAGACAAGGAGAAGCUUGAACUUAAAUCAAAUGGUCAUAGAUGGGUUGGAAAAAGUCCAUAUUACAACAACAGUAUGUUUUAAGUGACAAAAACUAAAAAAAACUCUUUGAUAUAGAUAUAUAUAAAUGUGUUAAAAAUCUUGAAUAUGAAUAAGAAACGAGAAGAAUCAAAGACAAAAAGGCGGCGAUUGGAGAGUGAGGUCUCACAAUCGUCUGGAAUAACAAACCUUUCAAAUGUUACUCAGACCACUGAAUUAUCUAGUAAUUUUACAGACAACUACUCCGAUUCCUCUUCUGUUAAUCAGUUUGUUCAAACAAAACGUGCUAAGAGGCAACCUGCUAGAAAACACCAAGUUUCAUGGAGCAUUGAUGAUGACGACACCUUUGAAAAGGAAAGAGUGAAAGGAGACACGCCGGCACAGCAAUUGAAUCCUAGACAGUAUGAUAAUAAUUUUGCUGGAACAAACAACAGCCAUCGAGCUACAGAGAGUAGGCUCGACACUUUUGCUCUUUCAUACAAUAAACAACCUUUUGACGAAGCAUGUGACCGAAAUAAUUGUAUUUUUCAAUCAAAACUGAGGAGAAACAAAACCUCGCAAAUUCACGGUCAUGAGAACGAUAUUCAGAGGCAAAUACUAUUAGACGAACUUAUCAGACGGAAUGAUGCUCAACAGCUUCAAAGCAAACGAUCUCAGAGUGCGACAUCUUUGCGCGUUAAUAGUGUACAGAACCUGUACGAGUCUCUUCAAUCGCAAAAUGCAGCACAAAAUAUGUUAAAUAAUAAUCCUCCAGUACAAACAGUUGUACACAUAACUUCAAAUGAUUCAAAUUACUUACAUCCGGUGAAUGAAACACAAAUUCUUCAAAGCAGACGAUCUCAGAGUGCGACAUCUUUGCGCGUUACUAGUGUACAGAACCUGUACGAGUCUCUUAAUUCGCAAAAUGCAGCACAAAAAGUGUUAAAUAAUAAUCAUCCAGUACAAACAGUUGUACACAUGACUUCAAAUGAUUCAAAUUACUUACAUCCGGUGACUGAAACACAAAUUCUUCAAAGCAGACGAUCUCAGAGUGCGACAUAUUUGCGCGUUUAUAGUGUACAGAACCUGUACGAGUCUCUUCAAUCGCAAAAUGCAGCACAAAAUAUGUUAAAUAAUAAUCCUCCAGUUAAAACGGUUGUACACAUGACUUCAAAUGAUUCAAAUUACUUACAUCCGGUGACUGAAACACAAAUUCUUCAAAGCAGACGAUCUCAGAGUGCGACAUCUUUGCGCGUUAAUAGUGUACAAAACCUGUACGAGUCUCUUCAACCGCAAAAAGCAGCACAAAAUAUGUUAAAUAAUAAUCCUCCAGUACAAACAGUUGUACACAUGACUUCAAAUGAUUCAAAUUACUUACAUCCGGUGACUGAAACACAAAUUCUUCAAAGCAGACGAUCUCAGAGUGCGACAUAUUUGCGCGUUAAUAGUGUACAGAACCGGUCUGAUAGUCAUCUGUACGAGUCUCUUAAUUCGCAAAAUGCAGCACAAAAUAUGUUAAAUAAUAAUCCUCCAGUACAAACAGUUGUACACAUGACUUCAAAUGAUUCAAAUUACUUACAUCCGGUGACUGAAACACAAAUUCACAGGAACAAUUUAAGAAAGGCGAAAAACAUGUCCGCGAAUUCUGGCGAUAAAUAUAACGCAUAUGCUGAUGUCAUGCGGGAUAAUGAACCUUUUAAUAUAAGUCAAGGCCAGAAAAAAUGUUUCGACUUUUGCAAAAAUUCGUUUUACCGGAAUGGGUUCUAUAUAUUACUGAUUUUCAAUGUGAUACUCAUUCUGCUGAACACAUUCGGACUGCCUUACGUAUAUUUUGCCAUAAAUCAGGAAAAAGAAGUUAGUAAAGCCGCGAACCUGAACGAAGGAGGAGAGUUUGCCAGUGCAGUGCAUUCCGAGUUCUGUGUGAAAUGCAACAAUCUAAAUGAAGUGGUGAAUUCUAGUGAAGUUUCCAUCAAAGACGGACAGUGUUGUAUUAAGUCGGCCGAAAAAUUACUACCAAUACUUCUGGAGAUUGUGGAUGAUAUAGCAGGUGUUCCGCCACCAGAGAAAAAAGCAAAUGUUCCUGUCAUUCAACUGAGAGCUGCCACGACAAGAAACAAAAAUCAUACAAAAAUUAUUUGGCAAAAAAUGCCAGGUGUUGGGAAAAUAAGAUCCAAUGUUACAGACGACGAAAUAAAUGUUCCAAAAACUGGAUAUUAUUAUGUGUACAGCCGAGUACAUUAUAAACUUCCGGCAUACAAAGACGAGUCAGAAGAGUUUACCAUCGUACAUACAAUUUAUAAAACUAAAAAGGAUGACACUGAAAGUCCACUAGAUGAAGUAGUCCAAAGAUGUUUUCCUACUAACACUACUGGUGACGUCAGACAUGCAAAUCAGCUUGGAUCAAUUCACCAUUUAAAGAAAGGCGACAGACUUUUCAUAAAAUUACGUUAUCCACAAUAUUUACUUCCUGAAAAUACACUAUUUGGAUGGUUCAUGGUAGCAACUUAGUUGCCUUAAUUUCGACAAACUUCGUAUAAAUUCGGUAAACUUCGCAUUACUUUGGCAAACUUCGUAUAACUUUGGCAAACUUAAUUCGUAUCAAAACUUCGAUAAACUUUGUAUAACUUCGGCAAAUUUCGUACAACUUCGGCAUGUUUGGUUCUUUUUAAAAUGACAGGGUUUUUUCUCUCUCAUUGUCAUUAAAACGUUGCGUUUGUGCGGAAUAACAUCAUAAUAUGUUUUCAGGUUUGUCUUGUUUAUUGUGAUUAAAUGUGUAUUGAAUGAUUUUUAAAAUAAAUCAACUGUGAUAUUUUUAUUUGUGAGAAAUUUGACCUCAAUCAACGCAUUUAUUUUUCAUUUAUUUCAUUAUUUCAUGUGAAGAUUAUUCAAAAGUCAUUUCUUUUAUUUUUAAAUUUUAACAGUAUUAUUGAUAAUAUUGAUUUGUCCAACCGUGACAGUGUAAAUAGUAUAUUAAAUAGUUUAACAUCUGUGUUACACAAUGUAGCAGAUUCAUUAAUAGUAUUUGGUAAAUGUUUUAGUUUUAACGAUAACGUCUAUUUAAGUGAUAGCUCGUGUAUAGAUUACUCUGACUGGUUCGAUAGAGAAUGUAUCAAUGCUAGAACUUUGUAUUUAGAUGCUUUAAAGGUUUUAAUAGAAAUAAUAAUGAUAUCAACAGAAUAAAUUUGUGUAAAUAUAAAACGGAAUAUAAAAGUAUUUUCGCAAAAAGAAAAGAAUAUAUUAUUGUAAGAAGAUGUUCGAUAUAGAAAAUUUAAAAAAAGGAAACCGAAGCAGUUUUGGAAAUAUUUUAGAAAUAAGUCGACUGCAGACAAUAGCAAUAUUCCAAUAGCUAUAUUUAAAGAAUAUUUUGCUAAUCUAAGUAAUGAUUUAUCAAAAUGUAACAAUAUUGAGGCUGAAAAAUUUUGUGAAGAUUAUUGUUUUGAUGAGACAAAUACUCUAUGAGUAUGAUGAGUUAGAUAAACCGAUUAUUUUAAAUAAAGUUCAAAAUGCCGUAAAAAUGUUUAAACGUGGAAAAUCAUUAGGUAGUGAUUGUUCAAUGAAUGAAUACUUCAUAGAAAGCAUCGAUAUUUUAGGUGCCCAUAUAUGUGAUAUAUUUAAUGUUGUGUUAAACUCUAUUUUUUUAUUCAGAACAAUGGACAGAGGGAAUUAUUAUCCAUCUUCAUAAGAAGGGACGUACUGAUGACGUCAAUUACUAUAGAGGCAUAAUAUUAGUUAGUUGUUUGUCAAAAUUAUUUACCACUCUACUUAAUGUUAAAAUAGAAUCCUUUUGUGAAAGUAACAAUAUCAUAUUCAGAUGCACAAUUUGGUUCCCGUAAAGGGAGUUCUACUACCGAUGCAAUUUUUGUUCUUAUGUCAUUAAUUCAAAAAUUUGUUAAUGAAAAUAAACGUUUAUAUGUUGUUUUUGUCGAUAUGAUUAAAUGUUUGACAGUAUAUAUAGAAAUGCACUAUGGCUGAAAAUGUAUAAAUUAGGAAUAAAAGGUAAAUU